AUGGACUCAGUCACCAAUGACCUCACUCUUCUUAACAUCGCGCGCCCCACCAACGACACCAACGCAUUUCGAGAUCACGUCGCGUUCGUUCCCUCUGCUACACCAUACCAACAGAUCGCUGCCCGCCGCGCGGGCUUGUCUCUGGUCGAAGACGAAUCGCGAUUCGAACGCUCGAUGGUCCCCGAGAACGACAGCGAAGUUGACGAGGAUGGCUCGGGUUCAAGUGAUGAAGAUGCAGACGAACGCACUCCGCUUGCGCUGCGUUUCAACGGCAAGAGCGCUGUCGCACCUGCCGCACCUUCCUCUUCAUCGGCAUCUGCACAGGCGACGGACCCGUGCUUGAAGUCUCGACAACUCUGGUUACGGCUACUGAGAGAGCAAGGAUACGAUGCCCUCUGUCAAGAUCUUCUUAAAGAUGAGCUCAACGUUCGAUGGGCAGCUAUCUCUUCGAGUGUCGCGCCUCGGGAUCAAGGCUGGAUGGCGUAUUACGGCCGCAACAUACUCGCGUCUGCCGACCGUACCCUUCUCGAGGCCAUCAUUCACGGCAACGUCGCACUCCAACGUCGAGCGAAUAGCGGUCUAGAGCGGUACCUUCAAGCUCUCUGGAAGCAGUCCUACAAGCAGCCAUCCAUAUAUCAGCAGCUUUUCGUCGACGUCAACGGACACUCACCUACGCCAAACGAACUGAACGACAUGUGUAUCUCUAUCGAGCGCUAUCUCGAUCCUGCGAACGACGCGUACGCGGACAAAGUAGACGACAAGUUCAAAACCAAGGCAAAGUCACGUCGGGCAUCCUGUCCUAAGUACCGAGCAUACACUUGGACGGAGCAAGUCGACCCCAAGAAGAAGAACAAGCUCUUCGCUCCCGGCAAGGCCCAAAACCAGCACUACUCGUGGAUGGUAUCCGGUGAUAGAGUCCGCAACAUCCAUACCUUCCUGAAAGCCCUGCGAACGCGGCUUGCUGCCAUACCGAAGGUUGCCUGGGACAAGCCACUGGAACAUCCUCUCGUCGAAUACGGUUAUGCAGAAGACUCGCCCGCACGUCUGAAGCAGCAUGCAAAACACUCGAGCUCCAACUACAUCAUGAACCUGAUGGAAGCCGUCGCAUGCGAAGAUCAUCGGCUCAAGCAACUCAACAAGGUAUACCGCCUCGAACAAUGCGUCAUCUAUCUGAUUUGGCUGCGUCCACAAGCCCAUCUCAGCGAGAUUAUAUGGACUUCGCUCGGCGAAGGCUACAUCUACAACGGCGGCGGCUUCUCGCACUACCCAGCCGGCCGCAGUAACACUUCCAUCUGGAAUACAUCAGAAAAGAUCAUGGAAGACGCCCACGAGUAUAUGCGUAAGAACUCUCCGCUGCUGGAAAACCUCAAGAUCGAUACACUGCGGGUGAAGAACUUGUGCGACGAUCUACAGACCAAGAGACGUGCGGCUGAAGCGGCUCAGGGCCCGAGCAAGUCAAGCAAGAUGGCAGAUUUGAUGGAGAAGAGUAAGGAAAUCCAUGUGGAAGAUUUGCGCAAGUUGAAGCGAGCGGAGGAGGCGCUGAAUGAGUCAUUGAGCUUUUCUUAUCGCACUAAGAUCGAGCGUAAUCAGAUCUUGGUGAGUGAAGCGCAGGAGCGGGUGAAGGUACUGCGUGAGCUGAAUGACAUUGCGUCGGCUCUCGAUGACCCGGAGAUGGAGAAGUGGUGGGUUUAG